GCUUCACAGCCCAGCAGGCUGCACUUGGUGGAGCCAGUCACAGCAGCCGAAGCCAGCAAGCGGCCUCAGCAAGGAGACUUGCUGGGGUGCGGAAGGGCAGGUGUUGCCCGCCCAAGAGAAGGCAGCCCCCGGUGGGUCUCAGGCCUUGGUGUCAUCACAGGGGAGUCCUCUGGCCACUGCAGACAGCAGCAGCAUGUGGGCCCCAGGGUAUCAUCGGUUCUGGUUCCACUGGGGGCUGCUGUUGCUGCUGCUCCUGGGGGUGCUCCUUCGAGGCCUAGCACUGCCACCCAUCCGAUAUUCCCAUGCGGGCAUCUGCCCCAACGACAUGAACCCCAACCUCUGGGUGGAUGCCCAGAGCACCUGCAAGCGAGAGUGUGAAACCGACCAGGAAUGUGAGACCUAUGAGAAGUGCUGCCCCAAUGUGUGUGGGACCAAGAGCUGUGUGGCAGCCCGCUACAUGGACGUGAAAGGGAAGAAAGGCCCCGUGGGCAUGCCCAAGGAGGCCACGUGUGACCACUUCAUGUGUCUGCAGCAGGGCUCCGAGUGUGACAUCUGGGAUGGGCAGCCCGUGUGCAAGUGCAAAGAUCGCUGUGAGAAGGAGCCCAGCUUCACCUGCGCCUCUGACGGUCUUACCUACUACAACCGCUGCUACAUGGACGCUGAGGCCUGCUCCAAGGGCAUCACACUGGCCGUGGUCACUUGCCGCUAUCACUUCACCUGGCCCAACACCAGCCCUCCACCACCCGAGACCACUGUCCAUCCUACCACGGCCUCUCCAGAGACUCUGGGGCUGGACAUGGCAGCCCCAGCCCUGCUCAACCACCCUGUCCAUCAGUCAGUCACCGUCGGUGAGACAGUGAGUUUUCUCUGUGAUGUGGUGGGCCGGCCCCGGCCGGAGCUCACUUGGGAGAAACAGCUGGAGGAUCGAGAGAACGUGGUCAUGAGGCCGAACCACGUGCGUGGUAACGUGGUGGUCACUAACAUCGCCCAACUGGUCAUCUACAAUGCCCAGCCCCAGGAUGCCGGCAUAUACACCUGUACAGCUCGGAAUGCUGCAGGGGUCCUGAGGGCUGACUUCCCAUUGUCGGUGGUCAGGGGAGGACUGGCAGGGGCCACGUCAGAGAGCAGCCUCAAUGGUACAGCCUUCCCAGAAACUGAGUGCCUGAAACCCCCAGACAGUGAGGACUGUGGCGAGGAGCAGACGCGCUGGCACUUUGACGCCCAGGCUAACAACUGCCUCCCUUUCACCUUUGGCCACUGCCAUCGUAACCUCAACCACUUUGAAACCUACGAGGCCUGCAUGCUGGCUUGUAUGAGUGGGCCGCUGGCCACAUGCAGCCUGCCCGCCCUACAGGGGCCCUGCAAAGCCUAUGUGCCGCGCUGGGCCUACAACAGCCAGACAGGCCUGUGCCAGUCCUUUAUCUAUGGUGGCUGCGAGGGUAACAGCAACAACUUUGAAAGCCGAGAGGCCUGUGAGGAGUCGUGUCCCUUCCCGAGGGGCAACCAGCACUGUCGGGCCUGCAAGCCACGGCAAAAACUUGUCACCAGCUUCUGCCGAAGUGACUUCGUCAUCCUGGGCAGGGUCUCUGAGCUGACGGAAGAGCCUGACUCAGGCCGUGCCCUAGUGACUGUGGAUGAGGUCCUAAAAGAUGAGAAGAUGGGCCUCAAGUUUCUGGGCCGGGAGCCGCUGGAAGUCACCCUGCUUCACGUAGACUGGGCCUGCCCUUGCCCCAACGUGACAGUGAGCGAGACACCGCUCGUCAUCAUGGGGGAGGUGGAGGGUGGCAUGGCCAUGCUGAGACCCGAUAGCUUUGUGGGUGCCUCGAGCACCCGGCGGGUCAGGAAGCUUCGUGAGGUGAUGCAGAAGAAAACCUGCGAUGUCCUCAAGGACUUCCUGGGCCUGCACUGA